GCAGCGCUUUCGCCUGCUCCCAUUGAGCCGCCAUGUUGUCGGAGUGAAAGCCUGGAAGUCGGAGAGAAACUGGGGCUGAAAUCCACGACCAUCCACCCUCUCCGCCUGCUGUGGUGGAAUGAGCAGUGUGUGUGUGUUGAAGAGGAAAGCAGUGCUCUGGCAGGACUCGUUCAGCCCCCACCUCAGAACUACAUCUCCCAGCAUGCCCGUGGUGCUGAGCAGCGGAGGACACGCCCCCCAGGUCGGGCAGCCCCCCCAGGCCCCGCCCCCUAGCCAGCAGGGUGUGGCGGGUGCGGGGCGUUCCCAGGACGACGCCAUGGUGGAUUACUUCUUCCAGAGGCAGCACGGAGAGCAGCCAGGGAAGCACCGCUGGCCCACCGGUGACAACAUCCACGACAGCCAGGUGCGCUCCAUGGACGAGCUGAACCAUGACUUCCAGGCUCUCGCGUUAGAGGGGCGUGCCAUGGGAGAGCAGCUCCUGACAGGUAAAAAGUUCUGGGAGACUGAUGACCCUGGGAAGGAUGGACCAAAAGGCAUAUUCCUCGACCAGUGGAGGGACAGCGCAUGGGGAGCCUCAGAUAAUUCGGUGUCUCAGCCAAUCAUGGUCUCUCGUCGGCCAGGGCAAGGCUUCCAUGGUGGUGGGGAGGUAGGGGUUGGCUCUGUGAUGUCGCCCAGGUCAGAGAGCGGAGGUUUGGGGGUCAGCAUGGUUGAAUAUGUCCUCUCCUCCUCACCCGCCGAAAAACUGGACUCCUGCCUUCGCAAAGGACCUUAUGGUCAGAGGGACGGAGAGGUGGAGGAGGAGAAGAGGGAGAAACCCAAAGCUGUGUUUGAAGGAGAGAAACUCAAGGAGCUCGGGGAGGGGGAUGGUGACGUCAUCAACGAUGUCAUCAACCCCAACGGGCUGCCCGCUCAGAACGGUCUGGAUGUGGAUGUCAAAGACUUUGGCCGUAACCAAGGCAACAUGCCAGCCCCUGGGCCGGAGGGGGAUUUGCUGGGGGGUCCGGGGGCUUUAGGUGGGGACGGAAUGGUUCAAAUGGGGGGAGGCGGGGGUCAGAAGCCCCCCGACGACUUCUCUGGUGUGGAGCAGGGGGGCGUGUCCAUGGACCAAAUGCAGUCAGUGAUGGAGCCUCUGCAGUUUGACUACAACUCCCAGAUGCCCAUGGACUCCGCCCCCACUGUCGGCCUGUUUGACUACGCCAACCAGCAGCAGCUGUUCCAGAGACCCAACGCCCUGGCAGUGCAGCAGCUGACAGCAGCCCAGCAGCAGCAGUAUGCUCUGGCCGCAGCCCAGCAGUCUCACAUUGGUCUGGCCCCAGCGUUUGUCCCCAACCCUUACAUCAUCAGCGCCGCGCCGCCAGGGACUGACCCGUAUGCUGCAGGCCUCGCCGCCGCGGCUACGCUAGGCCCGGCGGUGAUGCCCCCCCAGUACUAUGGCGUGACCCCCUGGGGUGUGUACCCUGCUAACCUGUUCCAACAGCAGGCUGCUGCAGCCAACAACUCAGCCAAUCAGCAGGCAGCAGGGCAGGCCCAGCAGAACCAACAGCAGGUGAUGCGUGGGGGAGGCAACCAAAGACCUUUGACCCCAAGUCAGGGGCAGCAGGGGCAGCAGAAUGAUCAGCUGGUGGCCGCGGCAGCGGUCAAUUCUGCCCUCGCCUUCGGACAGGGGCUGGCUGCUGGGGUUCCCGGGUACCCAGUUCUUGCGCCGGCGGCCUACUAUGACCAGACGGGGGCGCUGGUGGUCAACACUGGGGCUCGCAGCGGCCCUGUCCGCCUGAUGACCCCCGCCUCUGUCAUCAUAUCACCCUCUGCAGCACAGGCAGUCGCAGCUGCGGCAGCCUCAGCCAAUGGGCCAAACGGCGGUCUUGGGGGCGGGGCCAACGGUCCCUUCCGUGGCAUGACGUCCCAGCAGCCUCAGCAACAAGGGGGCGGGGCUCUCGGAGGAAGCUCCUUUUAUGGUUCUUCCUCUCUCAGCUCCUCCUCCCAGAGCUCCUCCCUCUUCUCUCAGGGCUCCGCCCAGCCUGGCCCUGGCUCAGCCUCCUUAGGGUUUGGCCAGGCAGGCUCCUCCUCUUUGGGGCCGUCACUGGGAGCUACGCUGGGGGGAUUUGGCACCGCAGUGGCCAACUCCAGCGGUGGCAGUGGCUCCAGACGUGACUCCCUGACCGGCAGCAGCGACCUGUACAAGCGCACGCCCUCAAGUCUCACUCCCAUUGGCCACGGAGGAUUCUAUAACGGAGCCUUGGGCUUUAGCUCCUCCCCUGGGCCGGUGGGAAUGCCUCUGCCCAACCAGGGGCCCUCCCACUCCCUCACCCCCCCGCCCUCACUAUCCAAUCACAGCUCUUCAUCCAACCUCAAUCUUGGAGGCCUGACCAAUGGCAGCGGCCGUUUCAUCUCUGCAGCGCCGGGGGCGGAGGCUAAGUACCGCAGCGCCAGCUCCGGCUCCUCCCUCUUCUCUCCCAGCAGCCAGCUCUUCCCGUCGUCACGGCUACGCUAUGGGAUGUCGGACGUGAUGCCGUCGGGUCGGAGUCGGCUGCUGGAGGACUUCAGGAACAACCGCUACCCCAACCUGCAGCUGAGGGAGAUCGCAGGGCACAUCAUGGAGUUCAGCCAGGACCAGCAUGGCAGCAGGUUCAUUCAGCUGAAGCUGGAGCGGGCCAGUUCAGCAGAGCGCCAGCUGGUCUUCAGCGAGAUCCUCCAGGCUGCCUACCAGCUCAUGGUGGACGUGUUCGGAAACUACGUCAUCCAGAAGUUCUUUGAGUUUGGCAGUCUGGACCAGAAGCUGGCCCUGGCUGAGAGGAUCAGGGGUCACGUCCUGUCUCUGGCCCUGCAGAUGUACGGCUGCAGGGUCAUCCAGAAGGCCCUGGAGUUCAUCCCCUCUGACCAGCAAGUCAUAAGCGAGAUGGUGCGAGAGUUGGACGGUCACGUGCUGAAGUGUGUGAAGGAUCAGAACGGGAAUCACGUGGUGCAGAAGUGCAUCGAGUGCGUUCAGCCUCACGCCCUGCAUUUCAUCAUCGACGCCUUCAAGGGACAGGUGUUUGCCCUCUCAACCCACCCCUACGGCUGCAGAGUCAUCCAGCGUAUUCUAGAACACUGCCUUCCGGAACAGACCCUGCCUAUACUAGAAGAACUACACCAACACACAGAGCAGCUGGUGCAGGACCAGUACGGUAACUACGUGAUCCAGCACGUGUUGGAGCAUGGAAGAGCCGAGGAUAAGAGCAAGAUAGUGGCUGAGAUCAGAGGAAACGUGUUGGGACUCAGCCAACACAAGUUUGCAAGCAACGUGGUGGAGAAGUGUGUGACCCACGCGUCGCGGGCGGAGCGGGCCGUGCUGAUCGACGAGGUGUGUAGCCUGACGGAGGGUCCUCACAGUGCCUUAUACACCAUGAUGAAGGACCAGUACGCCAACUACGUGGUGCAGAAGAUGAUUGACGUGGCCGAGCCCAGCCAGCGCAAGAUCGUCAUGCACAAGAUCCGGCCUCACAUCUCCACUCUGAGGAAGUACACGUACGGGAAACACAUCCUGGCCAAGCUGGAGAAGUAUUACAUGAAGAACGGGGUGGACCUGGGGCCCCUCUGCGGACCCCCCAACGGCAUCAUGUAAAACUCCAGCCGUCCACCCCAGGCCCUACACCUCCAAACAGCAUCAUGUCAACAACCCCAUGUCCUACAAACCCCUCCCUCCCUCCAUUCUGAAUCAUUAUGUACUGGCCCCCUACCUAGUUAGUAGUUACCUAGCAUUUAGCUGGCAUCAUGUAACCUCCCCCCCCCCCAUAGACUAAAACAAAUAAUUUCACUUUUUUUUUUUUUUUUUUUUUUGCUAUUGCUUCACAAAGUCCUGAUCCUUCACCAAGUAGCAACCACUAUGAGAUGGAUCGAGUAUUUAAUUUGUCUGACGUCACAAUCAUAGACACGCCGUUGGCUAACCAGCAGAAAGAUCAUUUAGCAUGGGAGAUUCGUUUCUGGUCUUGCUUCUAUAAAUAUAACGUGUAUACUUGGUGUAGACCUUUGCAUAUAUAUAUAUAAAUAUAUAUAUAAAACUUUGUAGUUUUUCUGGUUUUUGAUGUUGAAUCUGUAUCUAUAAUGUAUCCUAGUAGUGACCACAUACUUCUGACUGUAUAAUUGUACAUUUGUAAACCCUUGUAAUGUAAAAGUGCUUUACCACCCUUUUUGGUAUGAGAAGAAAAGGAAAAUCCUCACAAAAAAAAUAUCUUAGAAACAUGUGCAUUUCAAUGUAUAUUCUCACCUCCUUGGUUGUGACAUAUGAGUUGUUGUAUAUUGUAAAUUGUAAUAUCAAAUUUUUUUGUUUUGAAAAGCCCUUUCUAUACAGCAUAGUAGCCUACUUGUACAAAGAUCCGCCAUGCUUGGUUUUAUCCUUGUCACUGCUUAAAUUAAGAGAACUCACCCCUCCCCCCUUUCCUUGACAGAUCCCCAACACAGCACAUUACUGUUAAACUCGUGGUGUCUGCUUUAUGUUCAAGUUUCCUUCUUUUUUUUUUUUUUUUUUUUUAGAUAUUUUUUGUUAUAGGAAUGCUUUUGCCCCCUUCCUGGGGUGGGGGGUAUGUAGGGGGUGGAAGGGGAGAGAUUAUGACUUAGCCCCACUAUCCCACCCCCCCCACCUCCACUCUGCCCCCUUUGUGCUUUGGGGUGCAGAGAGAGAGAGAGAGAGAGAGAGAGAGAGAGAGAGAGAGAGAGGGGGGGGGGGGGGGGUUACCCAUGUAUUGUACAGAGGAGACUCUUGUGUUUUUGGCAUUUUUCUAGUGCUGUAAGUGCUGUAUUAUACUGUCCAUGUCCUUUGGGUGAGAGAGGCAGCCCGCCACUUGAUGCGGUGUACAUUUGGAGCAGCCUUGUGUAUAUUUACUACGAGCACACCUGUAACCAUAUGUGUAUAGUUAACAGAACCUGUGUAUGCUUAUUGCCUGGGCAACUAUUUUUUGUAACUCCUGUUGUAGAUUGUCUCUAAACAAUUGUGUGAUCUUUAUUUUGAAACAAAACUGAACAAAAAAAACUUUCAAAAUUUCAA